AUGACGAUAACGGCGGCGAUGGCGGAUCUCUUACCACCGUCUACGACGGAACAAGCCGAUGAGAAAACUGAUCACUCGAGCCGCUUUUGUCCUAUAAUAUAUGACAAUGUCGAUAAAGAAGCUGACGUUUCUUUAAACCCAAAUUAUUUCGAUGGUGUUAAUUGGAACUACUCCCCAGCCUUUUCUUAUAAAAACUUUGAUAUCGGUUCAUCGAUGGGGCCAGAACAUUAUGCGUUUGAUGCUACCUACAAUUUCCAAGAGGUUUUUGUUACUCAUGAUGGACUAACUGCGAGUGUGAUAGCCCCUAUCAUGAGCGAGCAGUUGGAGCCUCAAGAGACGGCUGUAGGCUAUGCUGCAAGAUACGAGACCGAUAAGAUGGUGGCCUCUGCUAAAGUUGAAAGCAGUGGUGAUGUACUUAUGACCUACGUUCAUAAGAUUUCAAAGAAGGUUUCACUCGCCACUGAUCUUGUGUACAAUUGCCUUUCAAGAGAUGUUAAAGCUAACGUUGGCUAUGACUGCAAUUCUAGAGUGUCUCGUGUCCAGGGAAAGAUUGACUCUAACGGUGUUGUAUCAGCACAUCUUCAAAGACAAUUAAAUGAGGGACUCAGGUGUAUUCUAUCUGCAACUUUGGAUCUUAAUAACAUGGCUCACAGGCUUGGUUUGCGCAUAACAUAUGGUUAA